AUGGAGGCGUACACGUUCGCUCGCUCUUUGGACCAUGAUCCCAUCUCAGAGCCAUCAAAAGCAUGGGUAUGCUUUGUACUGAUCAAAAGUUCGCGACACCAUUUUUACAAUGAUUUUAACUUGAAAAGCAUGCUCGAGUCGGAUCAACAGUACGAGAUUUGGUCCUUUUUGAAGUCCAUGGUCAACGGCAAUAAAAUCAAAGCAGUAGGCAAACAAGGCUCGAGAACAGCGAAUGGCGACUAA